GUUGGUGAAGUGUUGGUCGAAAUUAAUUCUAUACUUAUAGACAUUAAACUAACUUGUAUUUUAAAAGACCUGUCGGUUCUCAAUGAAUAUUUCUCUGCAAUUGGCCUUACAGAAAGCGUUAAUUUAAAUUCGCUCCAGACCCGUUGGUCUCCUAAUGAAUAUUAUACUACAAUAGAUUCUUCAAAGAAUAUUAAUUUAAAUUCACCUCAGACCAGUUGGUCUCAUAGUGAAUAUUCUGUUAAGCUUGGCUCUUCAAAAAGUAAUGAUUUAAAUGUAUCUUUG